CUCUGAUGUGGCGGCGACCUCUGUUUUCUUCCCUUUUUCUUCACAUUCACAGGCCAAAACUCCAAACUACCCAUUCUCUCUUCUUCUCCCCUUCCUCCUCAGCCCUUUGUAUCUCAAACCUCUCUGUCUCUCUCUCUGAGUUUCUUUUAUAGAGUAUUUUUCGGUGUGCGGGAGGCGAGGGGUGUGUUUUUCCGGUUACAAUUGCAUCGAGGGAUCAAGGGGAUCCGGUACUCCUGUGAUUGGAAUACUGUUGUUUCUUCCAUGCUCGAACUCUGUUUCGAAUAAUUUUUUUCCCCAAAAAUAAAAAAGGAUUUAUAAAUAUAGUUUAUUGGUGAGGCUCUUGUCGAUUUUGUGUUAUAUAUUUCCUCUUCGUCUGUCGCACAGUCUGUAGUUGUUUUGUGACUAAGUCGGAGGCUAUUCUUUCUAUCCGAGAAAUUUCGUGAACUUUGGUUGCUAAUCAGUGAAGCUACCGACUCGAAGUGGGAGUCUUUUGCUGUGUAAGGACGGAGCUUCAAGGCUUUUUUGGAUUGUUCAAUUCUAGGGUUACUGAGAGUUCCAAGCUUGGAAUCAGCCGGGAGCCGAAGAGAAAAGUUCUAUUUCUUGGGUUAAUUUGUUUGGAUCAGAUGGGUAUGUUACUGUACGGAAUCGAUUCCAUCAGGGUCUCUUAAAUUUAUGAAUGUUUUGAUUCUGCAUGCAAAAGGAGUGAGACAAAGCGGCUUUGUGGAGAAGCGAAGUCAAAGAGUACUCCGAGUGUUUGGUUCUUUUAAGCAUAAGGCGGUUUGGAGGUUUCUGCAGCUAUGGCUAUUCAGGAUCAAAGUGUGGGAACUCGUUCACGUUCUGUUCUCCAGGGAAGUAAUGAAGUAUCUUUGAGUUCUGGGCUACAUUCUGUAACUGGUGCCCAACUUAGGGAUCGGUUUUCUAGCGGGAAUGACUAUGCUACCAAGGUUAGGAAACCAUACACAAUCACGAAACAAAGAGAAAGAUGGUCAGAGGAAGAGCACAAGAAGUUUCUUGAUGCUUUAAAGAUGUAUGGUCGAGCUUGGCGACGGAUAGAGGAGCACGUGGGCACAAAGACUGCAGUUCAGAUUCGAAGUCAUGCUCAAAAAUUCUUCUCUAAGGUUGUUCGUGACUCUAAUGGCAGCAACGCAAGCUCUGAGCCCAUUGAGAUUCCUCCCCCAAGGCCAAAACGAAAGCCCAUGCAUCCUUACCCCAGGAAACUUGUAAUUCCUCCUAAUAAAGAAAUCUCCACUCUGGAGCAGCCACUAAGGUCUGCAUCUCCAAAUUUAUCAGUUUCAGAACAAGAAAACCAUUCUCCAACCUCAGUGUUAUCUGCAGUCGGUUCAGAGGCAGUGGGUUCGCCUGAUUUAGAUUCACCAAAUAAUAGCUUAUCCCCUGUUUCAUCUGCAGCCGAUGUCCAACUUGGUGGCUUAGUACUACCUGAACCUAACCAAUCGACAGACCGAAGUGCAUCUCCAUCACCGGCUCUAAUGACUGUUGGUUCAGUUUCUGAUCAGCAACUUCCCGUGAAAUUCGAGUUGUUUCCCAAAGAAAACGCCUGUACGAAAGAAGUUACUUCAGAGGAAGCAUCACCCCGACAACUUAAGCUUUUUGGGAGGACUGUAUUAGUUACAGAUUCCCACAGACCGUCUUGUCCCAGCACAGGGACUAGUAAACCCAUCCCAGCAGACAUGCAUGAGGAAAAAGUUGUGGAACCGUUACCAGUGAACUCUGAGCCCGUGAAAUCUAUGCCGGGCAAUACCGAAUGCGUUUGGAGUCAUUUGCCACAUGUCCCAAAUGAUGCCCUCUAUUUCAUGCAAUGCCAGAGAAAAAGCUUAAAUCUGCUGGAAAACAGUUCUGCUACUCCUAUACCAUGGUGGACCUUUUGUGGGGGUUUACCACUUCCUUUCAUGCCAUUCCAUAAGGUGGACCCAUCGGGGGGAGCAUAUGGGGACUCUGCUCUAGGAGAAGUCCAUGAUAAAGAAGUCAGGAAAGAAGGUUCCUGGACUGGUUCAAACACUGGAUCGAUGCAUGAUGGGGAAAAUGGCGAUAGAUGUUCAGAGGCAGAGACUCAGAGUCGUCCAUUCUUCCUUAGAAAUGAGAAUCAAGAGAGAAGCAUGAUUUUCCAAUUUAGGCCAAGUGAAAAAUCAGCCUUCUCUGACCUAAGCAUGAGCCCUGAAAAGUGUGUCAAAGGGUUUGUACCAUAUAAAAGAUGUAUGGCAGAGAGAGAGACCCAAUCCUCAACAAUAACAGGUCAAGAGGGAGACGAGAAACGAAUCAGGCUUUGCUUAUAGUGUCCCUCAGUUGUAGAUUCCCCAAAGGAAUUUCCUUUUCUUUCCAGACACAGUUUUAACAGGCUUAGAAACUGAUGUUGGUACAGUUUAGUGGACUGUAGGGGUUUCAGCUGCUGGAUGACUGGGGAUGAGAAAGAAAAUGAAGUUGGAACAAUAUCCCUUUUUGCAGCUUUGCAAAUUCUCAUCUAGGUUUUUUUUUUUUUUUUUUUUUUGUAACCUACUGUUUUUGCCUCCAACUGUUCAAAUCCAUAAGCCCAUCUCUUCUUGUACACAUAAUAUUCUCUUGCUUGCCUUUUCUCUCUUGUCCUCGAUAUCUGCUUUUGUAUUCCUAAUUCUUUUCCUUCGUUGAACUAUGAUUGAUGAAUCACUAGGUCGCUUACUAUGUUAAACAGAACAAGUUUCAUAUUAAGUGUUUAUUUUCUCAGCAUCUGC